AUGGCGGUUGCUGCUGGUUUGAUUGAUGCGAACUUAUUGCUUGCCUCUGUCCUUUGUUGGGAAGAAGUUUUAGCUCUGGUUUGGAGAGCUACCAGAAACGGACGUUUUCUCUUUCCUCUGAUUGAAAGGACUGAGAAGCUUUGUUUCUCCGAUGUACGCAGAGCCUCCUGUGUUUCUGAGACCGCCUCCUCCAGCUACCGCCAUUAUGCUCCACGCUCAGUAUUCCAUUUCUCUCCUGUCAGUGGUGCUUACAAUCAUAUUUAUUUUUUUGUUUUAGCUUCUGCUCUGCGCUUCUUAGCUCGUGCGGAAGGCGGUUCUGCCCUUUUUCCUCCUGCUCUAUUGUUGGCUGCCAAAGGAUUGUUCUGCCUAUCUAAGGUUAAGCUUUUGCCUCCUUUGCCCUUAUUCCGUCGGCACUAUGAUAAUGCAUUAGAGAUGUACGUUAGUCUUUCUUUUUCCCCUGCUAAGCUGUGUAGUCAUCAGAUGGAUAGAAAUGCUAUGCGCCGCAAAAAAUAUGCGGAGAUGCCGCCUCUGAAGAAAGCGGCGCUUCUGCGCUCUCGAAGAGAAGCAAAAGCAGCAAGGAAAGCUGGAAAUGCUUUACCUGCGCGCGUUCGCAAGGUUCCAUUAGCCUAUGUCGAAACUGGUGUAUCUUUCCCAGAUACCUAUCGUAUGCCAUGUCGUUCUGAAGAUCCAACCUCUGUGCAUUCUCAGCCGUCGGGAAGCACAGAUGUUGUCUUCCGCGCUGAAAAUGCAUUUGCGAUGGUAGAAGGGUUAGAAUUCAUGUCUGAACAGCUACCUGGUUCCUUUAACAGUUGUUCUUCUUCCUCGUUUGCUGGAAAAAUGCCUGUGCAAGUUACACCUCUUCCUCAAGAGCUUCCAUCCUGUAAUGCCCUUGUCCCAGUAAAAUAUCAGGGGUCGUCUUCUGGUGCAGAACCAGAAAAGAUCCCCGUUCAUUCUACUGAUUUCCAGCUCAACGUGUUUCCUGUUCACAGAAAGGAUGCGCCCAGGUUCAAACCAACAUCUGGUUGUUCGGGUAUAGGGAGCAGAGAAGUUAAUCGUUCUGCUACUCCAUCUUUUUCUCGGCCCCCUAACAAAAAACGCAGCGCUCCUGGCACUGUUACCAGCCACGCAUCAGCGACAAAACGAACAGCUUCGAGUUCAAAUCUAUCUCGACUUGCCAAUAUUUCUGAUGCGUCUCUGAUUCUGCCUGAUGCUCCUGAUUGUCAACAUUGUGGAGCAAAAAGGUUCCAUUUGGAACCUCCUACCUUUUGCUGCUCGGGAGGAGAAAUCUCUAUCGUCGCUCCUCCGAUGCCUUAUGAUUUAAAACGCUUGUUCAUUGGCAACGAUGAAGAGAGUGCCCACUUCAGAAAUAAUGUUCGUACUUAUAACAACAACCUUGGCUUUACAUCAUUUGCUGCGAAGUAUGACGCUGAUUUAACAAAGAACACGAAAGGUGUCUAUACCUUCCGUGUCCAAGGCCAAGUCUACCACUUUCUUGAUGGCCUUAUUCACUUGGGCGAGAAACCUUCUGGCAUCCAGUUAUACUUCUUUGACACCGAUGAGGAAUUAGCAAAGAGGCUUAGUAACUCUGAUAAGCUGCGAGAAAACACUUUAAAAUUGCUUAUGCGAGUUCUUUCUGAUAAUCCUUAUGCCCGCUUCUUUAGGAGCCUUAGGGAUGUUCCAAACAUUGACAACCUAAACAUUGUCCUUAAUUGUUAUCCUUCACUUGACCAGCGACUCUAUAAUCUUCCCACUGCCUCGCAAGUUGCAGCUAUAUGGACUGAGAGUGAAGAUCAGUCGUCCGAUAGGCGCGCUCAUAUUCAGGUUUAUUCUCGCUCAGCUGGUAGCCAUAGGAUUCAGUAUUACUACGGCUGUUAUGACCCUUUGCAAUACCCUCUCCUUUUCCCUCGUGGUGAGUGUGGCUGGCACCAUGGAAUUAAGCGCCUUCACAAAAGGAAGAGAGGAGGGGACACUUGUGAGACUGAUCUCAACAUCGAUCCAACUUCAGUUAACUCCUCGUCAGAGUUAAUUGCUUUGGAGCAGAGAGCUGCUGACCGAGGCAAAUCAGAGGAUGAUACUGUUUCGGUUAGGGAGUACUACUGUUAUAGAUUUCAGAUACGGGACAACGAUGAAUCGAUGUUGUUGCACACUCUUAGAUUGCUGCAGCAGUUUUCGGUUGAUGGUUAUGUCAAGAUAGAAACAUCUAGGCUUGAUUUUCAUAGACAUCGCCAAAACAAAAUACGCUCUGAAGCUCUGCAAGGAGUUCUUGACAGUGUUUCUAUUGGCCAAACUGCUGCUUCUAAGGUUGGUCGUAAGGUCUUCUUACCAGCUUCCUUUAUAGGUGGCCCGAGGGACAUGCGCCGUCGCUACCUUGAUGCAAUGGCUUUGGUCCAAAAGUUCAGGAAAUCGGAUAUCUUCCUAACUAUGACAUGCAAUCCAGCAUGGAAAGAGAUUCAAGAAAACUUGAAAUACCAUGAAAAACCUCAGGAUCGGCCAGACCUUCUAGCUAGAGUUUUCAGAGCCAAGUUUGAACUUCUUAAAGCAGAAAUUCUGAAUAAACAAAUCUUUGGCGACGUUACAGCGUGCGUUUAUGUGAUCGAGUUUCAGAAGCGAGGCUUUCCUCAUGCCCAUCUAUUAUUGAUCUUAAAACCUGGUCACAAGCUACUUAAUCCAAAGUCAUACGACAAAGUAGUUUGUGCUGAGCUGCCCGACAGAGAUCGAUAUCCUCACUUAUAUUCUCUUGUUGUCAAGCAUAUGAUCCAUGGUCCUUGCGGAGCCAUGGAUAAAUCUUGUCCUUGCAUGAGAGAUGGAUUCUGUAAAAAUCACUAUCCAAAAAAUUUUUGUGCUCAAACGACUCAUGGUGAGGAUACUUAUCCAAAUUAUAGGCGAAGAGAUGAUGGCAGGAGAGUCAAGGUCCGCAGAUUUACUCUUGAUAAUAGAUGGGUUGUGCCUUACAACCCAUACCUGCUUGCCUUAUUUGAUUGCCACAUCAAUGUGGAAAUUUGUUCAACUCUUAAACUCGUGAAAUACUUGUAUAAAUAUGUUUUCAAAGGACAUGAUCUGGUGAGCUUUAAGGUUAUUUCCUGUGAAUCAGACAAUGAUGUUGAUGAAAUAAAGGACUUUCAGAAAGGUAGAUGGGUUUCGCCUCCGGAAGCUUUUUGGCGCAUUUAUGAAUUUAAGCUCAAUGAAAUGACUCCAGCAGUUUACACCCUUCAAGUUCAUCUUCCAGACUAA